AGGUAGCUAGUCUACCGUGUCUCGAUCUGUGAAACUACCGGACAUGACUUUAUUUUGAAAAUGAAAGGUUUCCACAUCCAAUCUGAAAACCUUGUGCCAAUCAUUGGGUUAGGUGUAACUGCAGCUGUUGCAUUGUUGUAUAUUCUUUGGAGCCCAGGACCAAGCAAUUCUAAGAGAACCGGAAGAAAAAGAAAAGUUGCUGGUCUAGAGAAUCUGGGUAACACAUGUUACCUGAACACCAUCCUACAGAGUUUAGCAGCAUGUCCAGCAUUCUUAGCUUGGCUUAAUAGAGCCCUUAGGAGAGGAUGCUUCAAGGGAAGAGGCAAUGAGCUGGCUUACAGGCUCUCACGAACCUUAGAAGGUGUUAAUGAUUAUUCCUCUUCUACUGUGUACUCACCUCAUGAGGUUUUAUAUUCUCUCUAUAAUCGAAAUUGGAGACCAGGACAAGAGCAGCAGGAUGCUCACGAAUUAUUUCAAUUUUUGUUAAGUGAAUUAAGUGAAGAUAGAGAACAACCAACCUCUCCUCUGCCUCUGAGUGAAGCUCCAAAGCUAGUGAAGCAUGUACCUAAUGGUAGAGUGAAUCAUUCUGGGCUGAGGUCAAGCAUCAAAGCCAACUUGCCCCGAGUGACCAUCAGAGACGUUGAUUCACCAUUCAGGGGACUCCUAGCCCACCACCUAUCAUGUACAAUAUGUGGACACAAGAAUCCUGUGACGUACACCAGCUUUGACUGUCUGUCCCUGCCGAUCCCCACCCUAUCCCUUCUCCGCACCCUCUCCUUAGACUGCAUUCUAGAGAGAUUCACCCACACUGAGCUGGUCCAUGAUGUGGAGUGCGUAGAAUGCAGUAAGACAUCCACCAGUCCCCAGGAAGAUGGGGGUAGAGUAGGAGGAGGGGACGGGGCGAGGAAGGUGCAAGGAGAUGGGGACAGGCAGAGUGGUUCCCAGGUGAGUGCGGAGAGCAGUCCAGGGACAAGUCCACAGGCCAGGUCCAGGAAAAAGUGUAAAAGAGUCUUCCAAAAACAGAUGACUAUUAGCAAGCUACCCCAGUGUCUUUGCAUUCACAUCCAGCGUGUUGGUUGGCAAACCGAUGGUCUUCCUUUCAGGAGAGAGGAACACAUCAUGUUUCCUGAAGUCCUUGAUAUGAGCAGAUACCGGCUGGCAUCGGUCAACGCAACCUGUAAUAAUGGAAGCAUAGGUGUCACCAAGUCACUGCGACUGGUUCAGCAAACAGCACUUGCAAAUAAUCAGAAAACAAUAACCACCAAAAAAUCGGGUUCAUCGUCAAUGAAUCACUCAUUCAUUGGAGACCGGUUUCUCUCUCCAUCUCGUCCUGCAUCAUUACGCUUGGUAGGCGGAGGAUGGAGACCAACAGAGCAAGAGGAAGAGGAAGAAGAAGAAAAGGAGGAUAAGGAAGAGGAGAGAACACAGAACCUUGAGAAUACAACUCUAGAAGAUGAUAAAGAUAGUUAUCUAGAUGUCAGCAAUUACAGCUCCAGACCCAUGGAAUCCAAGUACAGGCUAGCUUCGGCUGUGGUUCACGUUGGCAAUGCAUUCUCUGGACAUUUUCUGACAUAUCGGCGUGGGCCUAGUAAACCGAAUGAACCUUUGAAUUCACAUUGGUUGUGUGUGUCAGAUGAGAGUGUUUACACUGCACAGCUAUCUGAUGUUCUCUCACAGAAGGCAUACAUGCUUUAUUACCAGAGGGAGUGUCAGUGAGAAGAGACCCCAAUGUCCAAAGACUGUCAACAUUGCUCAGAUAUCUGAUGUACUGUCACACAAGGAAUAUAUGCUUUACUACAAGAGAGUGUUAGUGAGAACGUAUCACUGUGGUCAUGUUUUAUUUUAUGUAAGGUCAUGGAUUCAAAUCCUGUGUUGGAACCUGGACAUCAUUGAUCCAUGCAUUGUUCUGGGAUUGUUUUAGAAGCAAAAAAGAUUUUCUAGACACCUGCCUUAUAUCCCAUGAAGAUUUUGCUCUAACCUCUGCAGUGAUCAUGAUGUGGAAAUUGUAUAGGGAAUAUACACUUUAAGGUUGUGGUAAACCUUUAAUACUUCCUAUUUUUCACCUGAAUAAGAGAAUUAGAUCCCUUAUAGACCCCUUCAAGUGACAUCUCAUGCCAGCCAAUGUAUGAAGAGGAAACAAAUGUUUAAGGUAACCAACAAGUUGCCUUAUUGAAAGUCAUUUAUGAUAUCCCAUAUUGGGAGCCCUGUAAAAUCUUGAUGAAUCCAUUGACCAUAUUGAAAAUGUAUUAAGGUCAACUGCAGUUUAAAUCGUUGGUCUAGUAUAAAUAGCCAUAUCUUUGGCAUAAGUCGGCCACAGAAGAUGUUGGACUUUACACCAAGUUUGAUACCGAAAGUCUCAAACAUCUGUAAUUGUAUUAGAACUAUCCAAUUGGUUUCUUCUUAUUCUUGUCUUUUCUUGACCUUGUAAAUGUAAGACUGAAUUCCUGUAAACAUAUGGAGCAUUUUAUAAUGAAUAUAUUUGCUCCAUAUGGCUAUCCAUACUUCAAGCCAUUGAUUUGAAUUACAAAGUUCACUGUUGCAAAUACCAACCAUUAUAUUGAGAUGCCAAUGUUGAGUUGUGGAGAUCAAACAGGUCUCUUUUAAAUGAUACCACUUUUGAUAGAUUUCAACAGGUGAUCAAUGACAAGCUAACCAGAUGUCAUCACCUUUUGCGAUGGGCAACACAUUUGACUAUUCCUCAGCAGCAUUGUGAUGUAUGAGGCAUCACAAUGUACGUAGCCUAUGGUGAUGUAUAACACAUUAUAAUGCGAAUAGUGCACAGUCUAAGCUAUGCCCAUUUAUAACUAGUGGUGAUCAGUAACAAGUCAUUCAGACAUUACUUUAACUUGCUAUCCAUAGCACAAACGUGAUCACAAGUGAUGAUAGACCAUGAGAGAUGAUCAGUCAUCACUCGUGAGCACUGACAGUGCUAUCAGUCAUAAUUUUUUAUAUUGUAUGAAAAGGAGAGAGAGGGGGGGGGUAAUGUAAUGCAGUGCCUGCCACUCUUUCAUGAAACAUAUCGAUUGAUAUCCAAUGAUACAGAAUUUAAGAGUUUUUUGCCAGUUUCAUCAUCUAGAGUUUCUUUCUCAAAGCUUCUUGUGAGAGGUUGUGAACGAAUAUACAAAUGACUGGACACUUGAAAGUCAAAUCGGGUUUCUUAGUCAAUGUUUGACACAUUGAUACUCAUAGCCAAAGUUGAAUAUAUGCAGAUGUUAAUACCUCCAUUUUACAGAGAGCAAGAGAUCUCUGAAAGACCAUUUAAAGAUCACUGUUGGGACCAGUCUAAGAUCAGUGAGACAAGAAGAAUCAGUCAAGCUGUCAGGUUUUUAGAGCCAUCCAACAGAGACCACUAAUUUCAGUAAUCUAUAAGAGUGCUGAAAGACCUUGCCAGCUUUCCACCUUUCAGUCGUAUCUCAAGGGUCUCCAUACUGUGGAAUGGGGUUUAUGUAGUUAGUUUGGAGAUUCAUUCUCCACAAUUGACAUAAAAAUCGUUUUGAAUAUAUACAAAUAUUGCUAGAACAUCAGGAUAAAUCUUAUUAGACUGGCAUGUAAGCACUUCAUACCUGAAUCAGUUAUUUGUACAUUUAUUUUUAAAGACAAAUGACUGUACAAAUGGCUUUAUGAAUGACCCCAGCAUUUCUGUAUAAUAGGUAUGCCAAGUAUAGCCUGUAUAGGUCAUGUCAAGCCUAUGUAUAUUUUAGUUGAACCAUGUGGAGACUGUAUGGUAAAAGAUGUUUCUACUUGACCACUUUGAGAUGACAGACCAAGGAGAUGGAAGCUGUUGAAUAGUUGCAAUAUUGUUUAAUACCAAUGGUUAUGAUGUGUGUGUGUGUGCGUUACUCUAUAUGCUGUUCUUAAAAGACAAGUCCACCCCAACAAAAACUUGAUUUGCA